GCUAUCUGAGGCAGCGCCAGAUCCCCUGCGCUCACUUCUUCCUGCAGGCUGCACUUCAUGCACACACGCUCACCGACACACACACACACAAAAAUACUUGUGCGCCAAAAAAGAUCCUUAAAUCCACACAUUCUUACAAUCUACAGCCACCCACACAAACACAACUGAAACCAAUUUAGACAGCAAGUUGAUAGCCAGGGCAGUACCGGGUAGCACGAGCGCUCUCUUCUUUAACGCGUUUCUUUUGGAGAAAUCUUAUUUGAAAAAAAAUGAGGACAUUUGUUUUUUGUACCAGUUUCCUGCUGGCAGUCACCUUGGCGCUGUCGCCUAUCGGAGCUGCUGACUUCUCAGUCAACUCUCACCAGCGAUGGGACAUGAAAGGAUCCUACAACCCGGGAUUUGAGGCUGGCACCCCUACCUCUUGCCCCGUGAAACUUCGACCCUCGGGCCAGUGUGGCGGCUCUGGGGUCGGCACUGAGGAAGGGGAGGACUGCCCCUAUCAGCUCACUCUUCCUCCCCUAAGCAUCCAGCUACCCAAGCAGUUCAGGCUGCUGGAGAAGACGCUAAAGGAGGUGCAAAGCCUGAAGGAGGUGGUGAACAAGCUAAAAAGGGGGUACCAGGAGUGCUGUGGGACACGGGGUUCGGGGGCGUUUGGAUACCAGCAAGCAGACCAGGGACAGACGGAGGUCUUGACUCAACUGGAUACUCUGAAGGACAAGAGUAUGGACGGGAUCGGUAACGGGGUUCAAAGCGGGUCAAGCCAAGAGGAGAGAGGUGAUGGGAUGAUUCACGGAGCUGGUGUGGAGGGAAAAGCUAGACCAAACCCGAGGGAUUUGCAGGAAAUGCAGGUGAAGCUCAAUAGAAUGUCAGUCAGCCUGCGUAACGCCAGGAGCCAGAUCUCGGUUCUGCAAGGUCGUCUGGAGGGGCUCAACCUGCUCAACAUGGAAAAUGUGCAGACUAUGGUGGACAGGCGGGUGGAGAACAUCACUGGUGCGGUCAACAGGCUCAGCUCCACCUGCAACACCCAGUGUGCCGUCCAGAACAGCCCCCAAUUCAUCUUAGCUCCUCGGGAUUGUUCGGACUACAAUGUUUUGGAAACAAGGAAAAACGGCGUUUAUCGGGUGACCCCCGACCCCCGCAACAGCACCUUUGAGGUCUUCUGCAACAUGGAGUCCUACGGAGGUGGCUGGACGGUCAUACAGCAGCGCCUUGAUGGUUCAGUCAGUUUUAACCGCACCUGGGCCGAGUACAAGAAGGGCUUUGGGAACCUCAGAGGAGAGUUUUGGCUAGGAAACGAUCACAUCCACUUGCUGACCAAAGCCAAAGAUAUGACUCUGCGUAUCGAGUUGGAGGACUUUGAAGGAGUUCGGGAAUAUGCGAAAUAUGACCAGUUUUAUGUGGCUAACGAAUUCUUACACUACCGACUGUCAAUAAGCGGAUACAGCGGGACUGCCGGUAACGCCAUUAGCUUCAACAAGCACUUCAACCACGACCAGAAGUUGUUUUCCACGCCGGACCUGGACAAUGACAUGUACCCCUCGGGAAACUGCGGCGCCUACUACAGCUCCGGCUGGUGGUUUGAUGCCUGCAUGUCGGCCAAUCUGAAUGGGAAAUACUACCACAAGAGGUACAAAGGAGUCCGGAAUGGGAUCUUCUGGGGAACGUGGCACAACAUGUCAUCCGAGUACUACCCUACCAACUACAGGCAGGCCUUUAAAACUGUCAAGAUGAUGAUACGGCCUAAAAACUAUGCUCCUUAGGUGGAUAUGAUAACAUUUCUGACUUCAGUUUAAAAAAUAAAAAGAAAUUACGUUUGUACAUGUUUCCACAGCAAAAGAAGCCAAUAAAAGCAGUACCAACAAGGAUUGUUAAAAAUCAUAAUGUUUUAGGAGUUUUUCUACCGUAGCGAGGUUGGUUUUCACAAUAAAAGAGAAUGACCUGUGAACAAGGAUGACAAUAGGAAAAUACACAUGCAGUGUGAAAGGCCAGCCUCCCACAAAGGGCCAUAAUAUCACACGUGAGGUUAACACGAGCAAUUUGUCAUCCAUCUGUGACAUUUCUACACUUGCUGCCUCCUGCUAUAAACCCAGCUGAGUCGCGGCGCAGCACACUCCAGCGGUAAAAACUAAUGACCUAUCAUUUUCUCCGCUGUAAAUGACUCCAUAAUUAACAGCAACCACCCAAGUGAGGUAUAUGAGAGUGGAUGAUAUGUUUUCUUCUUUUUUCGGGGAUAUGAAAUGAAUCCAGAAAAGACAUCCUGCUGUGAACAGAGUCCAAAUGUUACAUUAUUUUUUCAUUGCAAGCUGAUCACAAGUUAACAUUCUGGUGCCACUAGCUUAAACUACAACAGAGACAGCUUGCCAAUGGAUUAUCUUCCCAAACAAUAUAAAGCGUGCUGCCGGAAAAGAUUCCCCCUGUGAGUGCUACACGCACUGUAUUAUUGAUUCUCUAGAAAAUUGUUCCUGACAGCAGCUACUGAUCAUGACAUUAAACAGUUCCAAGUGUUUUUCUAACCUUAUUCCGAGUUCGACUAUCUCUACUGCACACCUCUUGAUGUCAUAUAACAUUCUUUAUCUGUAGGCUAACUCACUGUUUGUACAAUACUGCUACCUAAUGUUUGAAAACUGUACAGCAUCAUACCAUUUUUUUAAACACACUGUGGAUGGCAAAGACAAGACAAGAGGAUUCAAUCUAAGGAUGUGUACAGUAUUUAUUUUGUUUUUGAAAGGUUUUAUAGUGCAAAUGCAGUAAAGUCCAAUUAUUGAUGGUACUGAUGAAGACUGUAUAUAAACUGUCAUCCUUCUUCACCACUCUUGGUUCACAUGGAUGUUUUCUACGAUGCAUUUCCAUUUGUCAUAACCAAAAAUAUGCACUUUUUAUACGAGAGAAAUUUAAGUUUUUUUUGUUUUUGUUUUUUCUUGCUGAAUGGAGUUCAGUUUUUUUCGUAGUUUAAAGACUCCCUGAUGCCUGAUCAGCUUUUAGUCUUCUGCUAUGAAAACAAAAAGUGUACAUAAAAAUGUAAGUUUAGCAUGUGAUAUUUUAAAGUGUGUCCGGUCUAGUAGAGAAGCCUGUAAAUAGGAAGGAUGAGGUGCUGCAUGCCCUUAACAGAUAAGUGAAUGAGAUGUUUACUCAAAGAGCGACAGACAUUAUUGUUGGAAAGUUAUUUUAAUGUCUAUUUACUGUCUGUACUGGUUACUUUAAUAAAAAAAAUAGUUGUGCUUGAA